AAAAUCAACAUGAUCAAAUCAAAACACAAGCUCUUGCCACUACUCUUUCUCUUGUUCUCUUGCAACUAUAUCUCCUCCUUCUCCACCGACAAUGAUGCAUCUCUUCUUCUCGACAUCAAAGCUACUCUCAUUGAUCCACUGGAUAGUCUAAGAGAUUGGAAAUUACCCGAAAACGAUGUCGUCUCAACUCACUGCAGAUGGAGUGGAGUGGGCUGCAGCUACAAUGGCUUGGUUGAGAGUCUCAAUCUCUCCAACAUGAAUCUCUCCGGUAAUCUCCCUGACUCAAUCCACGGCCUGACCGGCUUGCGCCAUCUCAAUCUCAGCUGCAACGCCUUCGCGUUGCCAUUGCACAUUUCCUUCUCCAAUCUCAGUACUCUCGAGACCAUCGACCUGAGCCAGAACUAUUUCAUUGGCGCAUUCCCACUCGGCCUUGGGCUGGCGAGGAGGCUGGCAUACGUGAAUGCAUCGGGGAACAACUUCUCGGGCCCUCUCCCAGUCGACAUUGGCAAUGCCACGUCGCUUGUGAGCCUUGACCUCAGAGGGAACUUCUUCCAAGGCUCCAUUCCUCGAAGCUACGGGAAGCUGGCGAGCUUGAAGUUUCUCGGCCUCUCCGGGAAUAAUCUCACCGGGAAGAUACCAGCCGAGGUAGGACAGCUGUCCUCGCUCGAAACCAUGAUCCUUGGAUACAAUGCGUUUGAUGGUCAGAUACCUUCAGAACUCGGAAAUCUUACUAGUCUCAAAUAUUUAGACAUUGCCAUUGCCAACUUAAGCGGCCCGAUUCCACCCGAAAUCGGGCGCUUGAUCAACCUCACCACAGUAUUCCUGUACCAGAACAAUCUGGAAGGGAGAAUUCCGGCUGAGCUGACUAAAUUGGGAGGAAUUCAGUUUCUAGACAUGUCUGAAAACAUGUUGUCUGGAGAGAUUCCGGGAGAGAUCGCGCAACUGAAGAAUCUGCAGCUGCUGAAUCUGAUGGGGAACAAACUAUCCGGCUCUGUUCCGCCCGGCAUUGCCGGAUUAGAUCAGCUCCAAGUGCUAGAGCUCUGGAACAACUCCCUCUCGGGUGCUCUACCCCCUGAUCUCGGGGAAAAGGCGCCUCUCGAGUGGCUCGACCUCUCAUCUAAUAUGCUCUCGGGUUCAAUCCCGGCCUCCCUAUGCAAUGCAGGCAAACUGACGAAGCUCAUUCUGUUCAACAACGCCUUCUCCGGUCCCAUCCCCGACACUCUGGCCAGGUGCGGGUCGUUGGUUCGUGUCAGGAUGCACAACAACCGCUUCUCUGGGGCCAUCCCGGCUGGCUUCGGGAGACUAGCCAGGCUGCAGAGGCUGGAGCUCGCCAACAACAGCCUCAUCGGCCAGAUUCCAUCCGAUCUCUCUGCUUCUUCCUCGCUUUCCUUCAUUGAUCUCUCCAGAAACCAACUCCGAUCCCCGGUUCUAUCUUCCAUCCUCUCGAUCCCAACGCUCCAAAGCUUCAUCGCGUCGCGGAACAGCUUGUUUGGAGAGAUCCCGAAUCUGUUCCAGGACUGCCGUGAGCUGUCAGUCCUGGAUCUUUCCUUCAAUAGCUUCACUGGCGACAUUCCGUUAAGCAUUGCCUCGUGCGAGAAGCUAGUGACUCUGAAUCUCCGAAACAAUGGCCUCACGGGCUCCAUCCCGCUCCAGAUCGCAUCCAUGCCUACCUUAUCAGUGCUCGAUCUAUCAAACAAUUCUCUCACCGGAGGAAUCCCCGAUAAUCUCGGGAACUCACCGGCUUUAGAAUCGAUGAAUCUGUCCUACAACAAGCUCGAGGGCAUCGUUCCGUCCAAUGGCAUGCUCAGAACGAUCAGCCCCGACGAUCUCGCAGGCAACCCCGGCCUAUGCGGAGGCGUGCUCCCUCCCUGCUCGCACUCCAUAGCAAGCAGGGAGCGAGGCGUUCGUGCAAAGCAUAUAAUCGGAGGAUGGAUAGUUGGAAUUUCGACCUUUUUCCUCUUGGUAAUGGCGGGAGUGGGAGCUCAGUAUUUGUAUCGAAAAUGGCGGGAAGGGAACUGUUUUGAUGAUGAGGAGAAGAGCACAAGUGGUGAAUGGCCUUGGAGGCUGAUGGCUUUCCAGAGGGUGGGAUUCAACAGCAACGACAUCCUCUCCUGCAUCAACGAGUGCAAUGUGAUAGGGAUGGGGGCGGCGGGGACGGUGUACAGGGCCGAGAUACCGAGGCUGAGCACGACGGUGGCGGUGAAGAAGCUGUGGAUGGGAGGGGACGACGUGGUCGGGGAGGUGAGCAUGCUGGCGAGGCUGAGGCACAGGAACAUCGUGAGGCUGGUGGGGUUCCUUCACAAUGACAGCGACGCGAUGAUAAUAUGCGAGUUUGCCAAGAAUGGGAACCUGGGAGAGGCGUUGCACGGGAAGCAGGGGCUGCUGGUGGAUUGGGUGUCGAGGUACAACGUGGCGCUUGGGGUGGCGCAGGGGCUGGCGUACCUACACCACGACUGCCAUCCCCCGUUGAUCCACCGCGAUGUGAAGUCGAGCAACAUCCUUCUGGACGAGCACCUUGAGGCCAGGGUGGCUGACUUUGGGCUGGCCAAGAUGGUCUUGACAAAGAAUGAGACGGUCUCCAUGGUCGCAGGCUCGUACGGUUACAUAGCCCCUGAAUACGGAUACACGCUGAAAGUGGACGAGAAGAGCGAUGUGUACAGCUAUGGAGUGGUUCUGAUGGAACUGGUGACGGGGAAGAGGCCGUUAGAGGCAGAGUUCGGAGAAUCGGUGGAUAUUGUGGGAUGGAUGAGAAGGAAGCAGCGGUUAGAGGAGGCUCUAGAUCCGAGUGUGGGGAACACGAAGCACGUUCAAGAGGAGAUGAUGUUAGUGCUGCGGAUUGCUCUUCUUUGCACGGCAAAGCUUCCCAAAGACAGGCCUACCAUGAGAGAUGUGUUGGGCAUGCUGGCAGAGGCCAAGCCUCGAAGGAAAAGCUCAGGAGGUAACAAGGAAAAUCCAAUCUUCACCACCACAUCACCUCACCUGUAGAUGGACUGUUUCACCUUUUAUUUUUUAUUUUUAUACUACUGGUCUCUAUCUUUAUGGUGGAAGGAAAGAAAAGGAAGGGAGGGAGUAACAAUGACAAAAUCAUGCAUUUUUUUUCAGGAAUUAGCCUCCCAAGAUUGAGGCCUUUUUAAAACUUACAAAAAAGGAUAAAUGCAAAUUUCAAACGCAUCUCCGUUUAAUGAAAUGAUAAUGUUUUGUUCA